AUGGAUCACCAACAAGUAAACUUUGAAGUGCUAUAAAGACCUUUCAACCUAGAAAGAACUCUUGACUUCAUCCAAUUCAGAUCAACCUACAUCAAUAACUUUGACUUUGAAAGAAUCAAUGAACUUGCUUCAUAAUAACUCAUCAAAAGAACUGGCUCUAGAUCCACUUCUUGGAAGAUGAUGCUUGGAGUGCUACCAAGUAUAAAUGAUAAAGAGGAAUGGUCAAAAUCCAUACAAGAGCACAGAAUUAGAUUCCAAAAACUAUAAGACAAGCACAUGAGACUAAACAAUCAGAUUCAUACUUCCAAUCCACUAGCAUCAUUAGGAGCUCAGAACAAAAACAACGAGAUUCUGAACCUGAAGUAGGAUCGUGACGUAAAGAUCUUGAUUAAAAAAGAUGUAGAGAGAACCAUGCAAGAGUUCCCUCUCUUUAAAGACCCUACAGUUUUACAAAAGAUGGAGGAGAUCCUGUAUGUUUGGGCAAAGGAGUACCCUGAGUUCAGAUAUCAACAAGGAAUGAAUGAAAUACUAGCAAUUAUUGUCAUAUGCGUAACCUCUGAAUUAUAUAAUGAACAUACUGCUAUCCCAGGUUUAGAAUCUGAUGAGGAUCACAGUUCUGAUGAGAAUGAAGAUUAGUCCUAUGACGAUGAUACUAAGAAGUUAUUCAAGGAACUCCAUGACCCCAUCAAUGCUUGGGCAGAUAUUUUCGCAAUGUUCGAAAACUUAAUGAAUCUUGGUGUGAAGGAGCUUUACUACAAAGACGCACCACAUAACAAAACUUCAGGAAAUAGUAAAUCAGAUUAAUAAGAUAUCAAUGACUCCUUUGCUUAUCUUGAUCCACUUAGAUACUCUAAUGGUAGCAAAGAGAAAAUUGAGUUCAAUUCUAUGAACAGCUAGGGUUCAACAGCCCUUUCAACUAAUAAUGAUAAUAAUAAUGCCAGUAAAGAAGAUCAAUAAAGACAAAGAAAGCAGAAAUUGCUUGAAUUAAAUCAGGAAGAUGCUUAAAAGACUGCACUUAAAAAGAGAUCUAACAAAAUCUUCAAUAACUAUUUGAGAGAACUCGACCCUGACCUCUACAAUCACAUUUUGGAAGUUGAUGUCUAGCCAGAAAUAAUAUUCUUAAAGUUCUUGAGAUGCCUCCUUUCCAGAGAAUUCCAAGUCUCAAGUCUACUCUAUGUGUGGGACUUCAUCUUUUCCGGCAUCGAUGAAAAAGGCAGAAUCUACUUAAAAGAAAGAAAUUCAGCUGCAGCUUCCCUUAUUUAUUAGGAUGAUCAAUACUUUCUGACUCACCAAGACUUCAUCAAGAAUCUUGACUACAUAUGUCUUGCAAUGGUUCAACUAGAAAGAUCAAGACUUAUUAAAUCCGACUAUAUUGGUUGCUUAAAGAUCACUACAAAUACUUAGAAACUUGAUUGCCACUCUGAUGUGAUUAAGAUUGCAGACAGAAUUGGAAAGAUCAUCUAUGACAGAUUGAUAAAGAAAAAUUCAGUCAUUCAGAAGAAUGAUUUCCCAAUGAUACUUGAAAAAGAGGUUGCUUAAUUCAUGAUGCAUCAUUCAUUACAUCAGAGUUCACUAGAGUAAAGUCAAGAAGCCAGUGAUUAAGAGGAGUAAGAUGGCUUUGAAGUUAGAAAGUGCUUUAGAGUGCGCGAAGCCAGUGAUGAAGAAGAAGAGAACUCAGUUGAAGAAGAUGCUAAUAAUAUUUCACAAGAUAGAAUGAAGGAGGUAGAUGAGGUUGAAGCCUAACUCCAGAACAAUCCAAUCGAUGACGAAGCUGAUAGAAUGUCAAAUGAGAUUGCAGACGAGCUCGAAAUGUCUUAAAACCAAAUAGACCAGAGUCUUUUUAGCAACCAAAUUGAGGAGGUAAAAGCUGAAGAUGAUGGAAAGUAGUUGUUCAAAAUCAAGGACACUAAAGGCAAAGUAGUUUUUGACCAAAACACAAAGCAGAGGAGAUUUAUGUCACCAUUUGAGCAGUUUUUGGCUGAACAGCAAGAACUCUUCAAGAAAGAUGGUUUGAGAUAAAAUGAUGAACAGAAUAGUGUUACACUUACUACUACCGCUUCAACAUAAUUUGAUGGAAAGACUAGUGUACUUCAUUCACUUAAUUCAGGCUCAGGAUCUGUCCAGGACGAACCUAUUGCUCCUUAGAAAUAGAAAAUUUCAAUGAAACCAGCAAACAAACUUGCUUAGGUAGCAAACAUAAUGCAGAAAGAUACCUAUUUUAAGAAUGCUGAGGAUGAGGUAAUGUUGUAGAGAAAAUAGAACCUUAAGGACUUGAGAUCAAUUAGAGGAUACUUGACUGGUGUGAAGACAGGAUAGAACGCUCACAUUGCAGCCAAGUUUAGACGCUCUUAGACUCUCUCUCAAAGUGUAUUUUUCUGA